UUGCUUCAGAAGUAUCUGAAAUUCGUGCUAGAAGAUGACCGUUUAAACCAAAGUGAAGCUUUAUAUAAAUUCCUAAAUCCAAACUCUGAGUAUUUAAGACAGGGCGAUCUACCAAAGAAGAAUAAAUUUACCUUUUCUACAUUAUUUAAAAGAUCAACAGGGUCGAGGAGUUCGUCACUGCCUUCAAAACCUUAUCGGAGAUGA